AGGCAUCCUUAAUAUGUCUCUGUUAUUGCAGUGUCCCAAACUGUCAGAUAACAGAGUUACACUGUCAAUCCAAAUUUAUUGCUCUGCACCUUAUCACGCCCACAUUUAACUACUUCAUCUCUAUAUUCUCACAUUCAUUUUAAACUCUUUCAAAUUUCAAUUCUAUCCUCUUCUAUGGCCUCAGCAACAUCCAAACCAGAGAAAAAACUUGCAGAAUUUCUAAAAGAGCAACAAGAACCUUUCAUCUUAGAGCUUUACUUAUUAGAAAGAUCACCCUGCUCCAAAAAAUGUAGUUCAACUAUUAGUUUGGAAACACCUGCAACUUCUUGCUUUAACAAAAACAGAAAACCUCUCUUUUCAUUUUUCAAAGUCUUAACAUCUAUACAUAAGAAGAAGCUUGGUUUUCACACUGCAAUCAAGGACUCCAACACUACAAAUACAUAUAAACAUGCCAACGUUGGUGUCACAGUCACUCGUGAAGUUCAAAAUGUAGUUGAUCAAACAGAUGUGGUGGAAACAGAACGUUUCUCAACUGCUAGCAGCUCCACCAUGUUCAAUUCAUGCUCAGAUAUUGAUGAUGAAGAAGAAAACAGAACCUCAUUUUCAUCAUAUAAACAUAAUAAUCCUUUGUUUUCUUCAGACACGUGUCAAGCUUCCAGUGUCAGCAACUUAAGAAUCCAGAGCCAGCUGCACAAUACCAACAACAGAAAGCAUCGCAAGAGAUGUAUAGAAGUGUGUGUGACACAUGAAACAUUGAAUAAGGAUGUUUGUGUUUGCGGUUUGCUAGUACCUAAGAAAAUCACUGAGGAUUCUGUAUUAUCAGCUGCUCUAUGGAGUUCACUUAUUCAUACAACAAAGAAAGAUCAGAACUGUGCUAAGAAGGAACUUAAAGAGAUUUUUGGGUAUGAUGUUUCUCAUGUUAUGAAGUCUAAAAGGGUGUUGCACAAGACAAAGAGGAUGCUAUUUGAUUAUGUGAGAGAACUCACUGCAAGUGUUCUGAGAAAAGAUUGCAAGCAAUUCAUGGGACCUGAAAAGUUGGGGAAGAUAAUAUGGGAGAAGAGUCAACGAAGUGGAAAUGGGACAAAUAUAAUCAACUUGUUGAAUUUGGAUUACUUGGAUUCAAUUAAUGAAUGGAGUGAAUUCAAGACACAGGUGAAAGAUGUUGGUGUUGAGAUUGCUGAUGCAAUUUUUGAAUGUGUGAUGAACGAUGUAAUUGUAUUGUAAGAUAUGAUGGAAAUUUGUUACCAACCCAUAUAACAAACUUAAUUUCUCUUGUAAUAUCUCAUGUACAUAAACCAUUCCUUCUUAAAUGAUGUGUUGUUUUGUCUAUUCGAAUUGAAA